AAUAUAAAAAUAAUAAUAAUAACAAUAACAAAAAAAAUUCAAAAAUAAAUAAAUAACAAUACGGAAUAACAAAAUAAAUUCUAAAAAAGAAGAAAAAUAAAUAAAUUAAAUCGCCUUGUUCCAAUGACAUGGCUGUCGCGCACAGGGAUUGCGCCGACGAUACGACGACCGUGCAGAUCUUGUGUGCGGGCGCCAUGUCGCGGGGGCCAUGCUUGUGCGCGGCAACCAUGUGGUAGGCGAAAGGCCUGUGCGCAGUGCUCUGUUCAUCGUUUUCGAUUGAUCAAGAAAAUCUUCUAUGGCGGCACUUCAAAUAGUCUUUGUUCCAGAUGGAAAGUUGCUAUUCUAUUAUGCCGUUGGUUGUUGCCGAGACUUUGCUGAGUGCGGAUGAGCUGAAGAAGGACGCCAAAUCUGAAUAUUUUAAGGGAAGCCCCCUAUUACUGCAGAUUUGGCUCGUGGAACGACUUAGGCUCUUGGAAACUCCUGCCGAUCCUAAACAUUAUCGCCCUAUAGCCUUGGGUAACCGAAAAUAUUUGCACCGAGGCCAGGACGAGGCCGAGUGGGCCUCCUUUUUUACUCAUGGUAUCUGUUCUAUUAAGUGGGUGGUACCGUGGUGGGGUUUGACUACUAUGACGGGGGGUUUUGAUGUAUCGGUUUAUGUUUCCUUGUUGGGGCUAUCUCGACCCACUUAUAUUUUCCCUUACCGAGUCAUGCGUCAAUACGGUUUAAGGCAGACUAUCCCCUUUUCUGAUACGGUACCACCUAAAGUAGCGGCCUUUUCACAAGCACGGGUUCAAGCGUGGGCUAAGUAAUAUGAUGGUCUCCCGCGUUGGGCCGUAGCUACAAAUGGCUUUGUGGGUCUUUCUGAAAACUACAAGUUGUGGAUGAGCUCCGAUGAUAAGGCUGUGAGGACCGAGGCUCGAAAUGGGGAGCCGACUGAGCUUUUGAUACCUCGCAUUCGGGUCAGAUAUGAGGGCCGUGAUUCUGCCAAUCCUCGUACCCAUGGUAUUAAGACUGUGAAAGCUCGUCCUGAUCGAAAACGAAAGGAAGUUCCUCCCCGUUCCAGUUCUAGGCGUAAAAAGGUGCCUAACAUGAAGGGGCUUGCUGUUGUUAAAAGAAGUGCAGGCUCCCGCGGAGAUCUUUGCCGGAACAAUGUAUGGGUUAGGAAGGCUCAGCCGCCUGUAGAAACAGUGGCUAGUCUAGUUGAUGAUAAUAAUUCUUCUCCCACCAUUGUCUGUGCCCUUGAGGCUGAGCGGGCUAAAACCGAGAAUGUUUCUGAAGCCUUGGCAUCUUUGGAAGUUAGUGUCCAGGAGCCGGUUCUUAUGGAGAUUGAUAUAGGGGCAGCGCAGAAGACUGUGGGGGUGGAUCCUGCGAACAUUGCCCUCUACAAGACUUUAUUUGAUGAUCCGGAAGAACUAGAGUAGUGUAGUUCUUGCUAGGUGUAGGUGCCCUUUAUUUUUUUCAGUUGUGUUUGUUUUUUCAUUUCUUAGCACUUUGUUUUCCUUCUUAUUAUUUUUCAAUAAAGUCGUACUUUAGUUUCAUUUUCAUUUUUGUUUCUCCUCUUUUUUAUAUUUUUAUAUGUCUAAUACUUUUGCACAAUUUAUAUAUGUUUUUUUUUAUUGGACCGAAUCCUUGGUAAGGAUUGCCUACGUAUCUUGUCAGAAUCAGGUCGCGCGUA